GGGCCGUGACUCAGCUGCGGGGCUGGGUGGUGUCCAGCCACUGUUUGGCAGAGAUAAGACCCCCCUCAACAUCCUCCUUUUAUUCCGGGCUUUUUGUUUGCUUUUGUCCUGACGCACAAAACAAAAACUCCUCCGGGGGCUGCAGCGGCGAGGCAAGUGUAAGAGGGAGAGCGGUGAUGACAGAGGAGAGGUGUGCCAAAGUGGAGCAGUAUGUUGGUGAAAUUAAAGGUGGCCUGAGACCAACCAUGAAACUCACAAUCAUAGGCAUGGUACAGUCCAAACCCAAGAGCUUUUCAGUGACUCUGCUCUGUGAUCCAGUGGAUGCCAACAAAGAUGUUGGGCUGUUAUUUACAGUUAACUUCAGUGAAAAAUCCAUCACCCGAAAUGCACGAAUUGCUGGGAAAUGGGGAAGAGAAGAAAAGACUAUUCCCUACUUCCCAUUUACAGCAGGUGACACGUUCAAGAUGGAGCUCUUAUGUGAACACCAGCAAAUACGAGUCUUGCUUGAUGGACGGCAGCUCUGUGACUUCACUCACCGUAUUCAGCCUCUGAACUUGGUGAAAGCUUUGCGGAUCUCAGGGGACAUCAAGCUUACCAAAGUGGCUUGAAGAAAGGAGAUAUGGUAUCACCAGAGGACAGAGGAUGUACUUUCUCUUGUCUCAGACAUGUUUUGUCUUUCUCCCCUGGCUGAUGCUGGAGAGUGGGAACUGUAUCUUUUUAAUUUGCUGAUGUGUUUGAGAUAUACACUUUUAUUUCCCCCCAUGUACACUCAUAGCAAUCACAGAGCUAUGGCUGGUCUGAAAAAAUCUCAAAGCCUUUGCUGAGAUACACUUCUGGCCUCCCAAAAUGCAACAUAUGAUGUUAUGUAGUAGUAUCUCACAUCCUUAUGGCUCCCUACCCCCUCAGGGGACAGAGCUCAGUCCUCUGUGGUGGGUGGCUGUUGUUAGCCUUGUGACUAGAACUGGGCAUUAUGCAAGUGGUGGGGCUGGGAAAAGAGAAGCAGGAGAUUUUCUUGUAAAUGAAUGAGGGAGUCUGAUGCAAGGCUCAUGUUACCAGGAGGGAAUUUCCUUUUCUGGAAGGUCUGCUCAGUCAGCACAAAAACAUCUGAGCUUCCCAACAGAGAGCAAUAAAUUCCUUACCUGCCUUGCCCUGUCUCUUCCAGACAGCUUUUCCAGAAUUUAAAGGUUUUGACAACUGUGGAUUUCACAGUCUUCUCUGGACCAGCCCUAGGAAAUGGUAUCUGUAGCUGAAACUGCUCUGCCCAUUCUUGUUCUUGCAUCUAAUUAAAACUGCACCUUUGCUGGCAAACUUCUUUACAAGCUCUCUUAAAUAUUUGAACAUAUCUAAGUGUUGUGCUGUUAUUUCAUUGUUGUAGCUUUUGAGGAAAACCCUAAAUUCAUGACUAUUCUAAUAAAUAAACAAGCAUGUAUCAUAUUCUGCCUUUGGUGAUGA